CGAUUCAUCAAAAAAAACAAUCAAAAGCUAGAUAUCGGACGCCUCGCCGCUCGGUUGCUUUCCGUGAUUCUCGCCGACUGAACCGUGCGCUCUCAACUUUCUCCCGCAUGCAGCCCCGUCAGCGAAGUUGAGACUCGCGGCGUUCUGUGAGGGUCAAGCUUUCCUCUCUCCUGGCCUGUUCCGUUUGCCGCCCUCCUCUCCCCCGGCGUCUCUGCCUCCACUUUUUCAGUUUCACCGACCUCCCCCCGUCUGCUUUUUCCACCAUGCCGAAGAGGAAGCUGUGCGGAGACUCUUCCGGUGUGCCUGCACCUCUCGAAGCGGCUGCAGAAGAGACAGAGAGGACAACAGCAUGCCGGGGAGCUUCUGAAGGCGCUGCAUGCAGCGAGAGAAAUGCCGGAGCAAGCGGCUUUGGAGGCGAACGAGGAGAAGAGAGGGACGGGAGAAACGGAGAAAAACAGUGGAGAGAGAGGAGUCGAAGAAGAUGCGGGAAGCGCAGAAAGGAACAGACUCACGACGGAGACCGAGGCAAAGAAGAAGAAGGAAAGGCCAUGCCUUACGCUCCGCUCAUUUAUGAGAAUGCCGCUUUCGAGGAAUAUUACAAAGCUCAGAAAAUUUGUCCACCCCAAGAGUGGAACAUGUUCAUGGCGUGUAUCAAGACCUCCUUGCCGGCAUCGGUCCGCGUCAAUCGCUCUGCGCCUCUCUGGAAGUCGACUGUCGAUUUGCUAAAGCAGCUCAGCACCAAAGAGAAAGACGAGGCCGGACUGGAAGAGUCGCUGCAACCGCUCACUUGGAUGCCUCAUGAGGUCGGAUGGCAGUGGAACACUGUCUGCAAGGUUCGCCUGCGCCGAGAUGACUCUUUCAAACGCAUUCGCCGCCAUCUCAUGAACGAAGAUUAUCGGGGAGGCUUGACAAGACAAGAAGCUGUUAGCAUGCUCCCAGUUCUGUUCCUUGACGUACGGCCCGAACACCGCAUCCUUGACAUGUGCGCCUCUCCAGGAUCAAAGACGACGCAGAUUCUAGACAUGCUUCAGUGGCAUGCGGUGAAUUCUCUCCAGGACGGCGCGAAUUCGCAGGCGCUUCCCGGCCUGGGACCGCCAACAGGAUUUGUCAUCGCGAAUGACGUCGACGCUCAGAGGACUCAGACUUUAGCUCACCAGUGCAUGAAAGUGGCGUCGCCGGCCAUUGCGAUAAGCUGCUCUGACGCCUCAUUGUUUCCCCUCACUCUCCCCGACGGCCCCACAGGCGAGACUCGUCUUCAGUUCGACAGAAUUCUCGCUGACGUACCCUGCAGCGGCGACGGAACGAUGAGGAAGAACGGAGACUUGUGGAGAAAGUGGAGUGCGGGUGGCAGCCUCAGUCUCCACAGCAUUCAGCUGGGCAUCUUACAUCGCGGUUUGCAGCUUCUGCGCGUCGGAGGCCGCCUCGUCUACUCCACCUGCUCUCUCAGUCCUCUCGAAGACGAGGCAGUUAUAGCAGCUGUUCUUUUGCAGUACGGAGACGCAAUUGAGCUAGUUCCUCCGCCGCCUCUGCCGGGCCUACGCUUCUCUUGCGGGCUAUUCUCCUGGCUUGUGCCUGUGCCGGAAGUGAAGCAGAGGGGGAGGGAGGAAGAAAAAGGAAACGACAAGACAGAGAGGUCUGGCGGUCAGGAGGCGGAGGCUCAGGAGACAGCGCCAGUUAAUGGAGAGACAGGCUCUGCUCAGAAAUUCUUCACCUCUUUCGCAGAAGUUCCUGAACCUCUGAGGGGAAAAGUCAAGCCGACGAUGUUCCCACCCCCCUCUGGCGCAGCUCUGCACCUGGAUCGCGCUGUGCGUGUCCUGCCUCACCAAAACAACUCCGGUGGAUUUUUUGUUGCAUGCUUCCAGAAGAAAGGAGAGCUCCCUGCCCGAGGUCAGAGAGAACGCUAUAAGACGCGCACUGCGACGAAUGCUUCCUCGCCUUCCUCUCCUGCUUCUUCGGCUUCUUCUUCUUCGUCUCAUCCUUCUUCUUCGAUUUGUCCUUCUUCUUCGACUUCUAGGGAGACUGUGAAAGAGGUGAGAGCGACCGAGGACGUCGCUCCCGUUCCUGCGUGUGCCGUUCCUUCUCUCGCGUCCUCUCCCGCUCGGAAUCCCCUUCUCGAUGAAGAGGCAGACGACCUUUCUUCGUCUGCUUCUUCUGCUUCUGCUUCUCGUUUCUCUUCGUUCGGAGAAGAAGCCGACAAGGCGUUGUCAACGCAUUCUUUGACGCAUCCAGCUGUGGCUUUGGCCAUUGCCGCGAGUCAGCCGGGCAGGCUCUUCCACACUUUGCUUCCGAUCGACUUGCACGCGGAAGAAGGAUUCGAGAGUGCCUUGAGUUUCUACGGAUUUUCGAGGAACUCCGCGCCUGCUCUGGUCAAGGGAGAUCUUCGACACGCACAGGCUCUGCAAGACCUUCCAGUCCGCCAACUCACUCGGCGUCUCCACACACCCAGACGCGUGUACUUUGUCUCGGAGUCUUUCUCUGACCUUCUUCACCUUCUUCUUCUCCCUCCCCACAAACCUCGUCCUUCGUCGUCGGCUUCUAUCGGGCAAGGUGAAGGAGAGGCGGAAGGAGAGAGCGAGCGAAGAGCGAGUGGAGAGGAAGAACAGAGAGGAGAGAGCCGACUUGCUCCGGCGCGCGCUCCGAAGAAAGGCCGAGACGAAUUUCGCAUGAAAUGGCUGCAUGCAGGCGUCAAAGUUCUGGUACAGCAUAGCGGCACUCAUCAGCUUUCAGGGCGAUUCGGAGCUGAUGGCUGGAGAGUCACCCAGGAGGGCGCUGCGUUGAUGGUUCGCUACAUGCGCCGGCGCAUUCUUUUCUUGAAUCUGGAUUUUGCGUCUUCCCUGCUUCUCUCCGACUCUCGCAUUGUCGACCGAGAGGAACUUCUUCGAGGAGAACAAGAAGGACAAGUGACCGCUCUCGAUUCCUGUCGCGACGAAUCCGGUGCGUUGGAAGCGGGUGGAUGCGUCUGCGUUGUGUGUCCGACGGAGGUUCUCCCCUCGUCGAAAUUUCCGUCGCCGCGGCCGACAUUCUCUUCGCUCGCGGACGCUGUGUGCCUGAGUUGUCUUCUCACUCCCGGCGGCAACUUGCACUGCUACGUGAGCCGCACAGAAGCCGCAGGCCUCGCCUUCCACCUCUUUGGCAUCGACGAAGAGAUCAAAGACGAGGUGAACGAAGAAGAGUGAACGAGAAGAAGCGAGAAGAUCAAGAGGAGGGAGGGAGAAGAUACGUCGAAAACGAAGAUCCGACGCACUUGAUGUGAAAGGAGUCCUUCGGUAUUUGUCUAUCUUUGAGGCGGCGAGAUAACGCGAAAAAUAUAAGGGUCCGGUGUGUGGAAGAUUCUGUUUUUGUCAACAGUCGAGAACGCGAUUUUUUCAUAUAAGUAUUGUUUUCUGCGCUGUGGUUUCCUUCUCAUUUAGAGAUACGGCACAUUCUCCCGCGUUGCCGCCGUGCUUUUCUGCUUCCUGUCUUAUGCGUCCUCUUCUCUCCGUCUGUCUUCUCUUCGUGUUCUCUUCUUGCGUUUUCCACUCCACGUUUGUCGCAGAAACAAUUUGACGAAAAACUGUUUCCUAACCCCA